AUGGAGGCGGCAUCUGGUCGUGGGUCCGUCUUCAUGGAGAGGAAGACGGCCAAGGCAUUGUCCCUGUGCUACUUCCUGGACACCAACAGGAAGACUGUGAACCUGCAGGACAAGACGGUGCUGGAGCUGGGAGCAGGAACUGGACUGGUGUCAAUUGUAGCCAGUCUUCUGGGAGCUUCAGUUACAGCUACAGACUUACCGGAGUUGCUCGGUAACCUGAGGGCCAACGUGAUGAGGAACACCAGGGGCCGCUGCAGGUACACACCCCAAGUGGAAGAGCUGACCUGGAGCUACGACCUGGAGUAUUCCCACCCCACCUCCACUCAUCAUUACGACUAUGUGCUGGCCACGGAUGUGGUCUACCACCACAACUAUCUGGAUGAGCUUCUGGCCACAAUGAAACACUUCUGCCAACCAGGAACCACCGUGAUCUGGGCCAAUAAGUACAGACUCGAUGAUGACCUGACUUUCAUGGAAAACUUUAAAAAGGCUUUUCACGCCAUCCUGGUUGCCGAAGAUGGAGACAUUAAGAUUUUCAUGGGAAGUCACAGAGAGACCGAUGUGUGACUUAGAGCCAGUACUGCAGGGUGUUCACACAUCUGGAGGGACAAAACACCAUCAUCUUCACCUCCAAAUUCCUUUAAUCCCAUGUGAUUUAGAUGUAAAGCCUUUUUUUUUUCCUGAAAAGGUCACAUAUGUGCACCAUUUCAUUUUU